ACGUGCAAUGCAGAAUGGAUUUUUUACCCUUAAAAAUUUAAAAAUAAUAGGUUUUUUAUCUUAUUUUUCUGUUCCCGUUGUAUCGGUGCAGCUCUUGUUGGACACGUUUUAAUCAAUAACACGUUGAUUCUAAUUCCUAGCUCGUUUACCCAGUAGGCCAGUACCACUGUACCAGUAGUGUUCAGAAUAAGCGUUUAACAUCUUCUGUUUAUGAUUGCUGGCGCUUUCCCAAAGGAAGUCUGAAUUAGAAACGUAAAACGAUUCUCGUUUUUGCUGUUAAUCUGAUUUUGAUUGAUGAUCGUAAAAUCAUGCGGAAUUAGUUGAAAUAACUUUGUUGGUGCGUUUUGGUGGAGCCCUGUCCAAAAUGUGGAGAAAUCAUGCAUUAAUUACCAGGUAGACAAAUAUGAGGCUGUUUUGCCGCUUCGCUGUUAUUUUAUCGCAAAUUUGUUUCCAAUUUAUUACCUUGUUGUCUUUGUUUACUAUUGGUAUCAUGGCUGAUUCAUGGACGAAACUCACAGUUAACAUUGGAUGACGCAUCACGACACAGACAAAUAAUCAUCUGAAAGAUCUUUUUGCCACUCGUGGCAUCCUUCUGGAAAAAAUUCGAAGAUAUACCUUUGUUGGUUUGGAAUUGAAACCUCCUGACUCCAGUUUCUUUCAUCUUUCCAUUUUAAUUUCCAUAACUGCUGGGACUUGCGAGGAACGUCAAAAGUUUACCGUAGAAUGCGUGGAAUUGACUUAUAAGAAGCGCCACAUUUAUGUCGCUGUUAUUUAUCAGGAUGUGAGGAUCGUUGUGAUACUUUAGUGGGACCAUUUUUGAGUGCCGCAGAAAAUGAGCGUCUGGAAGCGUUUCCAGCGUGUUGGUAAACACGCCGGGAAAUUUCAGUUUGUUGUAUCGUUCCACGAGCUAACACUGGAGUGCACUAAAGGCACAUGGAAACCAAACAAGCUAGGAAUUAUGAUUUGUCGACGGAAUCGCCGGUAUUGUACUCAGGCUCACGAUUGGGAACCCACUAUUAGUAACCUGUUUCGGGGGAUUGUCGUGUGGACUACACCAGAACGGCUGGAGUUCACGUCGACUUUGUAUAAAGAUAACCGAGCCACGGAAUUUGAAAACAAGGACUGGCAAAUCGUCCUUGAAGAGAUUGAGUCUCUCGGCAAGAGACGACCCUUGGCGUGCGCCAAUGUAAAUAUGAAGUUAUAUGCCUCACUGGAGCCUUCGCAAACCCAUGCCGUCAUCAAACUGAAACCCACAAAUAAAAAGGUUUUGGAAGCCACUAUCAAUGUGACAUUCCUGUCGACUCUUUUACGGGAAGGAAAAGCUACCGACGAGGAUAUGCAAAGUUUGGCUAGUCUAAUGAGUCUGCAGCAGCCAUACGCUGAUAUUGGCAAUAUGGCGGAUUUCGAUGAUGAAUCCCCGGUGGGGACGCUGAGUCGACGGCAGACAUCACAGAAGAUUUCGGAGUUGGCUUCGAGCUUUGGCAUCUUUAAUGAGAAUCUCAGCGACAAAGCAGCUUCUAAUGGAUCUCACAGACAGUCGAUUUCCAGUUCCGUUCACUCAUCGCACUCACUGGAUACGAUGACAAGUGGGGAUACAACCAAAACGCCCAAUCGACCAGAUUCCCUGCAGCUGAUGGAUGCCGCAAAAGCGUCGCCUUCGCCUUUCCACCGUCAUCUCAACGGGAGCACGAGGGAUAAUAGAACAAAUUGGGCCACAGACACGAUAUUUGAACAAACUCCCGAUGCCCAACCGGAAAUGAACGCAAUAGGCGAUGGCGAUACUAUCAGCAAUCGAAUUGGGUCUGGUCAAGCGGAAGAUUUGCUGGCAUGGUGUAAGGACGUCACGAAAGGUGCCCGUGGUGUUCGCAUUACGAAUUUAACUAGUUCAUGGAGGAAUGGUUUGGCCUUUUGUGCCAUCAUCCAUCAUUUCCAUCCUGAUUUAAUAAAUUACUCAGCGCUUUCCCCGCACGACAUAAGAGGCAAUUGUAAAUUGGCAUUUGACGUGGCGGCCAGUUUGGGAAUUCCCAAAUUGAUUGAUCCCCAGGAUAUGCUGCAGCGCCAGACUCCUGAUCGUUUAGCUGUGAUGACCUACCUGUACCAGAUGCGUGCACAUUUCACUGGACAACACCUGCAGAUUGAUCGAAUAGCGCGUGAUGCCAAGGAAAUAACGUAUACGCCGGUAGCAGAAACUCCAGGUGAAGGGCCCUUGAAAAAGGGCACCAACUGGAAACACCGGUUGUUUUCCUUCGAGAAGUCUUCCCCGCCCGGAGUUUUGAAGGAAUCAUCCCCAGUGAACGGCGAAUCGCCGCCGCAUAAAGAGCGAAAAAUCCUCUCCCCGAAAGAAAAAAAGAAUUUCGAUUUUGGCGGAUCGCCGGUGAAAUCGUUAGUGCGCCAACUGAAGAAGGACAGCUCACCCAAGAAAAUGGAUGCCAACCACAGCAAUGUGCCAACCAGUCCGAGUGUAAUGACCAGGCAGCAGUUGGUCGAUCCAUUUUCAUCGGAUGACGAAGAUGAACCUAAAAAGCCAAAUGGCUCCAUACCGAAAGCAGUCAAAGAAAACUCGCUAGAGCAUGUUGCUGUGACAGCAACAGCAACGCCAAAAUCGCCGCCGACAAGUCCGCGGGCGGUUUCUUCUCCUGGUAGAAAGGCCGUGAAUCGGGAAGAAGAUUUGAGGUUACGGGCUCGUGAACUCAUCGAGCAGGCCAGAUCUCAUCCAUCAUCGCCUACUAGCGAUCUUAGUCCGGAGGAAGUGGAAAGGCAGAAAGAACUGAGAGAGCGUGCUAAACGUUUGAUGGACACAGCCAAGAAAUCCAGUCCUACAUCGCCCGUGUCCAUUCCAAUUUCGCCUGCACUGCGAGUUUCUAAAGCCAAAUCUGCUGCGGUGUCCAUCCAGUUUUACCAGUUCAAGAAAUUAGUUGAUUCUCCGGUUGCCGUUGGAGAAUCUUCUAGCGCCGCCACCAAAUCUGGUCAAGAUGCAGUUUCUGUGAUUCGAAAUGUUCCAGAAUUUGAGCCGAAGGCCAGGAAUGGCGGUGAAUCGAAAGAAGGGGUUUUACGGGAUGCAGUUCCGAAAGCUGCCAAACAUGCUGCUGUGAUAUCCAGUCGUAACGCAUCCGAAUUUUCGCCUUUAUUAAAAGAUAGUAAAGAUGUAUCCAAAAACCUCAUGACCAUGAAAGAGAAUGGGCAGAAUUCCGAACCACCUACGGACCACCGAAGUUUGGCGGAAGAGAUUGCUUUGCUGGAAGCUGAACAGCGACAGAUAGAUUCCCGUGCGGCAGAAGUGGAGGCGCGACUGCGAAACGCUAUGGAACCAGGCGCCAAUGAGGCCGAAGAGCCGAUUCUCCAGGAAUGGUUCAUACUGGUUAAUAAGCGCAAUGCGAUUAUCCGCGAACUUGACAAGCUGAACAAUAUGUAA